AUGUCAUUGACACUCCGGACUGAGCUCCAGGUGGAGCUUUUGACUGCUUUCUUAAAUACCCGUGGUCCGAGGGCGAUUCUUUCCUCAGACUCUUACCCUCUGGACCACAGUCCUGUCAUUAUGGAGCUUCUUUUUGGCACUCUCUGUGUGCCAGUUGCUUCAUUGUCACUGUGCUCAACAGCACUUGUAGGAUUCCCUAGGCUAUUUAGUAAGGUCCUAUGA